ACACGUUCCCUGCAAAGUAGAGUUCCAAAAUGACUUCGAUGUACGUCUUGGCCAGUCAGAUAUCACCAAUGAGAACGACGUGCACAUUGAAGUUCAGAUGCAUUCGCACAUACGAAGGUUGGGAACUAUAUGGGUCUUUACUGCCUUGUGAAUGCGUUAUCAACCUUCAAGAACAGGAGUGCCAUGAAGGUGUAAGGGUCAUUCGUACAGGAUUUGUAAUGGAAAAAAAGGGUUUGUCUGAAAUAAUGGGCAAAGAAGUUAUCUUCCAUGAAGACGCCGAAGAGUUUGGAAAUUUCUGGGUGGCUGAUAGGAUAUCUGGACUAGGGGUACGGUUGACUGUCAAACUUAGGAGUUGGUUUGAUGGGAUUCUAAGGUAAAGCUUAGAACAAGGGUUGUUGACAUUAAGGGUAAUGUUUUGUUUUUGCGUAGGGAUUGGAGCAGCUGAGUUAUAUGAAAGGCAUAAUCAGGUGAAUUUUCUGUUACAUUGUGUUUGGUUCAUUAAUGUGUUUAACCCUUAAACAACAUAUAACUGAUUUACUUGAAGGGGAUAAAGACUUUGUUGGAAUGAGUAUGAUAAUGAGGCUCCAUGCAAGGAAAGAGGCGUUUGUGAACCUUCAUAAGGCAUUUUCAGUGCUAAAAAUUAACAUUGACCAACAGUUUGUGUCUCAUCGUUGCCCUUGCAACUAAGUGAUGGUGAUGCUGUUUUUCUUGAGGUAAAUAUAGGAAUAAGAAUUCUUAUGGGAUGAAUUUUAUUGUCUAAAAAACUAUUAAAAUACUAUAACUAUUACUGCAUUAUAGGAGUUUAUAAGUGAUCAAUCUGGCAGCCCACUCUGGCAGUGACCAAACCGGGAGAUGCGUGGUUCUUAUGAAUUCUUUUCAACCAAUGGUUCCAAUUAUGUAAAUGUGACUUCUAUGGUAAUUGUGAAACUAGAUUAGUGUUUAUUGAAAAGUGUAUCUUGAAGGUACAUUGUUUUGGCUAAAAGGUGGCAAUGCUGAAUUUGUUGUUGGAUUUUU